AUGGAUAAAAAUUUAAAAUUAGAAAAGAAUGUAUUGACUCCAUAUAUUAAAUCAUUACUUAUUGAACCUCCAAAUUUAACACCACAAGAUUUAUCAACAGUUUUAAAAUUAAUUUUCAUGGAUAUUCCAUCAAAGAUUCAAACUAGUGUGUUUUUGAGUUUAUUAAGAAUGAGAAAUUUAGAUCAAGAACCUGAUUAUAUUGCAAAUGCAGUUACUACAGUACUUGAAUUUGCUAAAAUUAUACCGAGUGAAUUAGUUGACAGUCAAGGAUAUAUAGAUAUUGUGGGCACGGGAGGCGAUGGACAAAAUACAUUCAAUGUUUCUACCUCAAGUGCUAUUGUUGCUGCUGGGAUGGGAUUACCAAUAUGUAAACAUGGUGGAAAAGCAUCUACUUCAACUUCAGGAAGUGGAGACCUUUUAAAAAGUCUUAAGAUUAAUUUAUUCAAAGUAAAUAAUGUAACAACACCACAAAUUGUGAAAAAACUGAAUUUUUGUUUCUUAUUUGCACCUAGUUUUCAUCCUGGGAUGGGUGUUGUAUCUGAAGUAAGAUCUCAAAUUGGAAUACCUACAAUUUUUAAUAUAUUAGGACCAUUAAUAAAUCCAAUACCUAUAAAGCUGAGGGUAUUGGGUGUUUAUUCCGAAAAAUUGGGAGAAUCAUAUGCUGAAGCUGCUUCUAUCCUAGCUAAAAAGAGUAACAUACAUAAAAAAACAAUGGUUGUAUUUGGAGAAGUUAUAUUAGAUGAAAUUUCACCAACUGGUUAUACUAAGAUUUGGAUAAUUGAUGAAGAUGGAAAUAUAAUAAGAGAUAGAAUAUGUCCUAAUGAUUUUGGAUUACAACAACAUAGACUUGAAGAAGUCAAAUCUGGUACACCUGAUGAAAAUGCUGAAAUUUUAUUACAUAUUUUAAAACAAGAUAAUGAAGAAUAUAAAAUUAGAGAUAGUGAUAAUCAUCCUUUGGUUGAUUAUAUAUUAAUGAAUUCUGCUGCUUUGGCUGUUAUUUCUAAUAUUGCUAUUGAUUGGAAACAUGGCGUUGAAUUAGCUAAGAUUGCAAUUAGUUCUGGCAAAGCUUAUCAAGCUUUGGUUGAUUUUAGAAAAGCUUGUGAUGAAAUUGAGAUAUAA